AUGAGUCUAGCAUGGCCACCUGCCUACGUGGCGAUAUUGCUGCUCUUCACAAUUCUCAUUGUCGAGGGCAUCAAGAGGAAAUACCUCUCUUCGCUGAGGGCCGUGCCUAAUGCCAGUGUUCUGGCGCCAUUCUCGCGCCUGCUAUGGGCUUUCCCACAGGAGCAUUUCGGCAACAUCACACUUGCGCUCCCACGCCUGCACGAAAAGCUCGGCCCGUUGGUCCGCAUUGGCCCGAACGAGGUGUCGUACUAUUCCCUGGACGUGUACGACCUGGUGCACAAAGUCCGCAGCGAGUUCGCCAAGGAUCCCCGGAUCUACGGCGAAUUCGUGCAAGAUGGCCACCCCGCCCUCUUCUCCAUCACUGACGCCGAGGAGCAUGCGAAACGCCGGAGACUGAUGGGCCAGCUGUUCAAUUUGAGCAAAAUGGACAAUCUGACGGAGCUGAUGCUGCAGCAGGUUGACAUUUUCGUGUCGGCCUUGAAACAGCGCCGCGGCCGGCCCGUCGAUUUGGUACCUGCAUGUCGAGCUUUGGAAGCAGACAUAGUUUCGUCAUUUGGAUUCGGCACCGUCGUCGGCGCCAUAUCCUCGUGGUCAAAGGGGGAGGAGCUUCCCAUGGUAGCGAAGAACGACGAAAAGGCAACCUGGAUGCCGCUGAUCACGAACUUCCCGCGUCUCUGCCUCGUCUGGGAAAGGUUGGAGAAUCUCGUCUUUGCCGCCACCGGAUUGCACACCAUAUACCAUCGUGCUAUGCUUGAAUUCGAUUCCUGGUCUUCUGCAGCUGGACUGCAAGCCAACCAGCCGACUUCAAAGUUACCCAGUAGCAGCAGUCGUCCGAACUUCAUCCGCGUCAUGGUCAGGUCGGGGCUGGCGCCGCAGAGCGCGCUCUCCGAGGCCAAAGAGAUGCUGGGGCCUGGCACUGAUACAACAUCGGCGUCGCUCGCGCACAUCUUAUGGGCGCUGGCGCACAACCCGCAGUACCAAGACGAACUGUUCGACGACCUCGCUAGACACGGGUUCGCGGAGCACAUGGGCGGCCUCGAGGGCAUACCGAGGCUGAAGGCCUGCGUCAAGGAGGGAAUACGAUGGGCGGGCGCGGCAGCCGCCAUGCUGCCUCGUGUAGUGCCCGACGACGGUGUCGAGCUGUGUGGCAAAUUCAUCCCCGGUGGAACGAUCGUGAGCUCGUCCCCGAUCUGGUACCUGCGGGACAAGACGGCAUUCCCCAACCCGGACGAGUACGAUCCGUACCGAUGGCUGAGCGCGGACGGGCAAAGGCUGAGAGACGGGCUCGCGCUCAGAGACAAGUACUACAUCCCCUUCUCGAAAGGGCCGAAUGUCUGCAUCGGUGCGCAUUUCUCGUAUUACGAGCUGUACCUCGCCGUUUCGCACGUCGUCCGUAAUUUCCGCAUCCGGCUGGGCGCGAAGUCACUCUCGCCGGAGCAGCAGCAACAGCAACAGCAACAGCAGCAGCAGAGUCGCGGGCUGCUGCGGGCCAUGUCGACGAGUGCGAGCGGGUUUCAGCCGGUGCAGCUGCCGGGGCGGCGCGAGUGGGUUGCGGCUGCGCCGACGCAGAAGCUGUUGGUGGUGCUGGACGAAAGAAAGGAGUGA